AUGUACAGAGUCAACAUUCAAACGUACGACCACGGCGUGGAGCUCGCAGGAACCGUGUGUCCUGGCGAUUCACAGGCCAACUAUCAGAACCGCGGAGUCCUCAUGGAUGAGUCUGAGAAGCUGACGAUCCUCGGCACAAUGUACUGGACGGCACCUCAGCCUUGUCGAGGCGACUGCUAUGGUAACAACAAAGACCACCAAUCACUCGACGUUCUCACGGACCACGGUAAGGGGUGGUCUCAUCACUGCCGAACGGCACCCUCUCUCAACCACGUCGUAUUCCCUACUCCACCAUGA